AUGGAUCGUAGUUGGAUGAAUUCUAACCGUUUAAGUGAAGAGUAUAAGAAAGGAGUGAGCGAGUUUAUACAAUUUGCUUUUGAAAAACUUCCUGAUAAUAACGGAAAGUUUUAUUGUCCUUGUGUUAAAUGUUUGAAUAUUCCCUCGUUACAUUUUGAAUUGAUAAAAAGUCAUCUUAUUUGUUAUGGGAUUAACCAAAAUUAUACCAAAUGGAUAUGGCAUGGCGAGUCUGUAAACAUGUCAAGUGCGUCAAAUACAAAUGAAGUCAAUGUAGAUAUGAACAAUCGACUAGAUGAUAUGAUCCGCGAUAUAGGCCCAGAGUCUUUCCAACGAGCACAUAUGUAUGAUAAUUUGUGCAAAGACAGAGAAGAGACUUUGUAUCCGGGGUGCACUAACUUUACACGGUUGUCUGCUGUGCUGAGAUUGUUCAACUUGAAGGCGAGAAAUGGAUGGACAGAUAAAAGCUUCACUGAAUUGCUCGAGCUUUUGAAAGAAAUGCUCCCAGAAGGUAACACAUUACCCAAUCGUAACUAUGAGGCAAAGAAGAUAUUGUGUCCAAUGGGAAUGGAGUAUAAGAAAAUACAUGCAUGCCCUAAUGAUUGUAUAUUGUAUCGAAAUGAGUUUGAAGAGUUGAAGAGGUGCCCCAGGUGUGGACUAUCACGCUACAAAGAGAAGGACAAUGAUUUCAAUUGUGAUGAAAGCAUACAACGUCCUCCUGCGAAGGUGUUAUGGUAUCUUCCAAUAAUUCCAAGGCUGAAACGAUUGUUCAAUAAUGUAAAUGAUGCAAAGAAUAUAAGAUGGCAUGCAGAUGAGAGGAAAUGUGACGGAUACAUUCGUCAUCCAGCUGAUUCUUUACAAUGGAAGAAAGUUGAUGCUUUGUAUCCAGAAUUCGGGAAUGAGCCAAGAAACCUUAGGCUUGGACUUGCUACAGAUGGCAUGAAUCCAUAUGGGAACUUAAGUAGUAACCACAGUUCAUGGCCCGUUCUCUUAAUGAUCUACAAUCUACCUCCUUCAAUUUGCAUGAAGCGUAAAUACAUUAUGUUAUCCAUGAUGAUUUCGGGUCCAAAGCAACCAGGAAAUGACAUAGAUGUUUAUCUUAGUCCAUUGAUUGAAGAUUUGAAAGUGCUUUGGGAGGAAGGUGUUGAUGUGUUUGAUGCCUAUUCUUGUAAUUAUUUCAAGUUGCGUGCGAUGUUAUUUUGCACCAUCAAUGAUUUUCCUGCAUAUGGGAACUUGUGCGGUUAUAGCGUGAAAGGGCAUAAAGCAUGUCCCAUAUGUGAAGAACGCACUUGCUACGAACAACUGAAAAAUGGAAGGAAGACAGUUUACCUUGGGCAUCGAAAAUUUCUCAAACGAUUUCACCCAUAUCGUAGGUUGAGAAAAGCAUUUAAUGGACACCCGGAAAAUGAAAUUGCUCCAAAAGCCUUAACUGGAAAACAAGUUUAUGACAAAUUGAAAGAUGUCUGUGUUAUAUUUGGGAAGAACCAAAAGCAGACCAUUGAGAAAAACAUAUGGAAGAAGAAGUCUGUGUUCUUUAAUCUUCCAUAUUGGUCUAGUCUAGAUGUUAGACAUUGUAUCGAUGUAAUGCAUGUUGAAAAAAAUGUGUGUGAUAGUGUAAUAGGAACACUUCUCAACAUUCAGGGAAAAACAAAGGAUGGUUUGAAUGCUCGUCUGGAUAUGGUUGAGAUGGGUAUAAGACAACAAUUAGCUCCACAAUCAGCAGGUAAGCGAACAUAUUUACCUCCGGCAUGUCAUACUUUGUCAAAAAAUGAGAAAAAAAGCUUUUGCGAGUGUCUACAUGGCAUAAAAGUUCCACAAGGCUACUCUUCAAAUGUCAAAAGUCUUGUCUCAAUGAAAGAUUUGAAAUUAGUUGGAUUGAAGUCUCAUGAUUGUCACAUAUUGAUGCAACAAUUACUACCAGUGGCAAUUCGUGGAAUAUUGCCUAAAAAAGUUAGAGAUGUCUUAACUAGGUUAUCCUUAUUCUUCAAUUCUAUUUGCAGCAAAGUCAUUGAUCCUAAGAAAUUAGAUGAGUUGGAAAAUGAGGCUGCAAUUAUUUUGUGCCAACUAGAGAUUGAGGGAGAUUAG